AUGUCGCUCAUGCUGCAGGCUCUCGUGAGUGGUCUUGCCCUUGCUGGCUCGGCCAUCGCAGUUCCCCAGGGACAGGAUGUCGACCCUCUCGUCGCGUCCCAGAUCUUGACGGAUCCCUAUGCCUGGGACUUCCCCGGCUGGUUGGAGGAGGCCAGUGUGGACGAUCUUCAAAAGCGCAUGAGCAAUGGCUCUCUCACCAGUGUUCAGUUGUUGGACUGCUAUCUUGACCGUAUUUACCAGACUCAGCCUUAUUUGAAUGCCAUCCUGCAGUUCAACCCGGAUGCCCACGCCAUUGCUAAGACGUUGGAUGAGGAGCGUGCCAAGGGCAAGGUCCGCGGUCCCCUGCACGGCAUUCCCUUCAUUGUCAAGGACAACAUUGCCUCCAAGGACCGCAUGGAGACUACUGCUGGUUGCUGGGCUCUGAUUGGUAGCGUUGUGCCUCGCGACUCAUUCGUUGUCCACGGCAUGCGCAAGGCUGGUGCUCUCCUGCUGGGUAAGGGUGCACUGAGUGAGUGGGCGGAUAUGCGCUCCAACAACUAUUCUGAGGGUUUCACUGCCCGAGGUGGUCAGUGCCGUAGUGCCUAUAACUUCACCGUCAACCCCGGCGGUAGCAGCACUGGUCCCGGCGUGGCCGUUGGUGCUAAUCUGAUUCCCAUUGCCCUUGGCACGGAGACCGAUGGAAGUGUCGUCAACCCCGCUCAGAGAAAUGCCAUCGUUGGUAUCAAGCCCACCGUCGGUCUCACAUCUCGAGCCGGUGUCAUCCCCGAGUCUCUGCACCAGGAUACCAUCGGUACUUUUGGUAAGACUGUGCGUGAUGCGGUGUACACCCUCGAUGCCAUCUACGGUAUUGAUACUCGUGACAACUACACCCUCGCCCAGAAGGGUCUGACCCCCAAGGGCGGCUACACCCAGUUCCUGACCAACAAGGAUGCACUCAAGGGUGCCGUCUUUGGUCUGCCCUGGAAGUCCUUCUGGGCUCUCGGCGAUGCCGAGCAGAUCUUUCAGCUGGAGGAGUUGCUUGAUCUGAUCAAGUCUGCCGGCGCGACCAUCAUCAACGGCACCGAGCUCCCCCACUACAAGGACAUUGUGUCGCCCGAUGGCUGGAACUGGGACUACGGCUCGACUCGCGGCUUCGCCAAUGAGUCGGAAUACUCCUACAUCAAGGUCGAUUUCUACAACAACCUGCGCGACUAUCUCGCCGAGGUCAACAACACCAACAUCAAGUCCCUUGAGGAUCUCGUCAAGUACAACGAGGACAACUACGGCUCUGAGGGUGGUUUCCCCAGCAUCCACCCCGCCUUUGGCUCCGGCCAGGAUGGCUUCAUCGCCUCCCUGGAGAGCAAGGGUAUCAUGAACGAGACCUACUUCUCCGCGCUGGAGUACUGUCGCCGUACCACCCGCGAGGAGGGUAUCGAUGCUGCUCUGAAGUACGGUAACCGCACCCUGGACGGCCUCCUGGUUCCUCCCGAUGUUGCACAGAGCAUCCAGAUCGCGGCCCAGGCUGGUUACCCCGUCAUCACCGUCCCUGCUGGUACCAGCACUGUUUCUGGCAUGCCUUAUGGCCUGGCUAUCUUGAACACUGCUUUCUCAGAGCCCACUCUGAUCAAGUAUGCCAGCGCUAUUGAGGAUCUCCAGAAGACCUCCGGCACCAAGUGGCAGCGCACUCUUCCCGAAUGGCGCGGCUACCUCCAGCGCAACCUGCCUGUGAUCAUGUAA